UAUAUGAGCGCAUGCGCAGCGGCGCGCGGGGCCGGGGCGGCGGAGAAGAUGGCGGCGGUGCGGGCGGUACGCGGGCUGGUGAACGGCGCCGGGCCCGGCGGGCCGCGGGACCAGGUGGCGGCCCUCACCCGCGACUACCUCUCCCAGCCGCGCCUCACUUAUAAAACUGUAUCGGGUGUGAAUGGUCCCCUGGUUAUCUUGGAUCAAGUUAAGUUUCCUAGGUAUGCAGAGAUUGUCCAUUUGACUCUUCCUGAUGGCACAAGAAGAAGUGGGCAGGUGCUGGAGGUCAGCGGCUCCAAAGCUGUGGUUCAGGUAUUUGAAGGAACUUCAGGUAUUGAUGCUAAGAAAACAUCUUGUGAGUUUACUGGGGAUAUUCUUCGAACCCCUGUCUCUGAGGAUAUGCUUGGCAGAGUAUUUAAUGGAUCAGGAAAACCUAUAGACAGAGGCCCCAUUGUCUUGGCUGAGGACUUCCUUGACAUAAUGGGUCAGCCAAUCAAUCCCCAAUGUCGUAUCUAUCCAGAAGAAAUGAUUCAAACUGGCAUUUCUGCUAUAGAUGGUAUGAACAGUAUUGCCAGGGGGCAGAAAAUCCCCAUAUUCUCAGCUGCUGGCUUGCCCCACAAUGAGAUCGCAGCUCAGAUCUGUCGCCAGGCUGGCUUGGUGAAGAAGUCCAAAGAUGUGAUGGACUACAGUGAGGAAAACUUUGCCAUCGUGUUUGCUGCUAUGGGUGUGAACAUGGAAACUGCUCGGUUCUUCAAAUCAGACUUUGAGGAAAAUGGGUCCAUGGACAAUGUGUGUCUGUUCCUGAAUUUGGCCAAUGAUCCGACCAUUGAACGCAUUAUCACGCCUCGUCUAGCUCUAACGACAGCAGAGUUCUUGGCGUAUCAGUGUGAGAAGCACGUGUUGGUCAUUCUGACAGAUAUGAGCUCCUAUGCUGAAGCUCUGCGAGAGGUUUCGGCAGCUAGAGAGGAAGUGCCUGGCCGUCGUGGUUUCCCAGGUUACAUGUACACUGACUUGGCUACUAUAUAUGAGCGCGCUGGGCGCGUGGAAGGCAGAAAUGGUUCCAUUACUCAGAUUCCUAUUCUUACCAUGCCCAAUGAUGAUAUUACUCAUCCUAUCCCUGACUUGACUGGAUACAUCACCGAGGGACAAAUCUACGUGGACAGGCAGCUGCAUAACAGACAGAUUUACCCGCCCAUUAAUGUCUUGCCCUCCUUGUCUCGACUGAUGAAGUCAGCUAUUGGAGAGGGUAUGACCAGGAAGGACCAUGCAGAUGUAUCCAACCAACUGUAUGCCUGCUAUGCUAUCGGAAAGGAUGUACAGGCUAUGAAGGCUGUAGUUGGUGAGGAAGCUCUUACCUCGGAUGAUCUUCUUUAUCUGGAGUUUCUGCAGAAGUUUGAGAAGAACUUCAUUGCUCAGGGUCCUUAUGAAAACCGCACUGUUUACGAGACCUUGGACAUUGGAUGGCAGCUUUUGCGAAUCUUCCCCAAGGAGAUGUUGAAGAGAAUUCCUCAGACAACACUGGCUGAAUUCUAUCCUCGAGAUUCAACUGCAAAACACUAGCCACAGCUUCAUCUCUGAUUCCUUGCUCUGUGAAAUGCUGUUUGUUUUCUUUUUUCAUGUGUUGGUGUUUACUUGUUGCCCUUACAAUUAAAACCAAGAAUAGGUGACAUUUGUGCCAGUGUUCCAAUGUACACUGAUACCAGUUUUUAAAAUAUCCCUUCUUCCAAAGCCUGGAUCUUCAGGAAAAUACUUAGGCCAGCUCUUACAAAUGUGCAAUAGCUAUUACGAAGCUUGUUCUUUGAACUGGACUUUUUGUAGACAUUUCAAGGGGAAAGUCUGAGGAUUACCAGAAAUUGCAAAUCUUUACUUUGAAACCAGGAGCACGUGGUUUAGAAACCAUGAAAGAGCCAAUGUGACUUCCUUUGUCCAGAGCAUCUGCUCAGUACGGUCUUAGGCGGUUGCUGAGCUGCUGGUAGAACAGAUGGCACUCUGCUGUCCUGCUGCUGUGCCUGAAGACCAGGCUAAUGUGUGGAAAGCGUGGUGUGUGACAACAUACCUUUCUGAAAAGUGCCAGUUCCUGAUUUUUUUUAACUAUGGCUUAAGAUUCUUAAAGGUGUGCAUGAACUGAGAACACUAGUAGGCACGCUAGGUGCUUUUCCACAAGCAAAGGGUCUCCUCAGAGGUCACAGGCCAGUGUGUUGCUACCUGAACGUAGCAUGAUAAGGCGUAAUUACCGAAUCGAAGGUUUCAAACUGAAGUUUGCAGAGUAGGUUUCCUACUUACCCUUGUCUUUUUUUUCCUUUGAAUUCUGGAAAUGCCAGAGACACAAAAGAGCAGCUAAAGCAUUAUGAGAUCAGUAGUGUCCCAGCGGGCAAAAACUGUAGGUAAUUCAAGGCUUUGUGCUGCUACUGAAGGGGAUUAUGAGAUGUAAAAAAAAAAAAAAGAAAAA